AUGCAAACGCAUACGAUCACACCGAGCAUCUCUAUAUCACCUACCGUGCCAGUCUCGGACGCCACCGUGAUCCCGCGUGUCGGCGUUGGCGUCUUUGUGAUCAACGAAAAGGGACAUGUCCUCAUCGGCAAGCGCACAGGCAGUCACGGUGCGGGCACACUCGCGCUACCCGGCGGCCAUCUCGAACUGCACGAGUCCUUCUCCGACUGCGCUGCUCGUGAAGUAUUCGAAGAGACAGGGCUCGUCCUCGAACCACCCCACAUCCAGCCACAGUCCGAGCUGUUCUCGCCAUCACCACCGCAAGUGCGCGCACACCUUGGCCCGCAAUCCCCCUCGCAGCCCAUUCUGGCGUACACGGCGUCCACACCAUCGCCUUUCGAUUCGGCGACAACCCCACAAGCCAGCAGCAACAGCGACAACAUUCUUCCUCUCCUACCUCCUACACCUUUGCAGUUCCUCACCGCGCAGAACUCGGUGCGCAUGAAGGACUACGGCGAAAAGGGUCAGGGUAAACACUAUGUCACCAUCUUCAUGAAGGCCAGCGUCAGAUACGACCCUGCGCAUCCCGUAGCGCAAGCGCAGGUCAUGGAACCCUUGAAAUGCCUUGGCUGGUGCUGGGUGCCCGUGCCGUAUCUGCUCAAUGCCGCCGAACGACAGCAGCAGCUUCAACUCUUGCAGCUCGCCGCAACCACCGAAGGCCGAGCGCUACCCGUAUCCAUCGACAAGCUGCUCGAAGCCGAAAGCCUCGCUCAAGCACUGCAGGACGCCGACGAAACCCGUCCGUUCAACGUGUACGGCUCGCCCACCUCUGCUGGCCCGCUUUCUAAUGGCGUCAGACUGCCAUCCUCUUCGUCUCUUCUCAACUCAAACGGCUCUCAGAGCGGGUUCAGCGACCAAGAGGCGCUCGCCUGGGCCCAGGCGGACGACUUUGCUCGCGGUGCUCCCCUCUUUCAGCCGCUUGUCAACGUCAUUAUCGAUAAUCCCGGUUUGCAGCUCGCCUGA